AUGAACAUAUUGAUGCGUUGUGAAAGUCUCAUAUUCGUGACCUUUUCAUAUAGGUUUAUAGGUGAGGAAAUUCCAGCUGAUGAUGGCCUCGUUGAUUUUGAUGGAUUCAAAAAUCUUCAAAUAUUGUCUUUGAGUCGUUGUGAGCUCACUGGUCAAAUACCAUUUUGGUUAUCUAAGCUCAAGAAGCUAGAGAUCUUGAAUUUGGAUUUUAACAGAAUCACAGUGUCAGUUCCUAUUUGGUUAGGGACUCUUCCUAGGCUCUUUUACAUAAAUUUAGGGUCCAACCAAAUUUCAGGUGAAUUUCCGAAGGAACUUUGCAGACUAGCGAUGUUGCUAUAUGAAGGAACUUCGGCUCAAGUGUAUAAAAACUACCUUGAAUUGCCUAUCUUCGUCAAAAUUCGCGAUGAUGCAAAAGCGUUACAGUACAACUAUUUAUAUUUCUUCCCACCAUCUAUAUACCUAUACAACAAUAGCAUCAGUGGCAAUAUACCAACUGAAAUUGGCCAACUGCGGCUUCUCCAUAAGUUGGGCCUUGGCUUCAACAACUUCUCUGGAAGCAUCCCAGACCAAAUAUCCAACCUCAAAAACUUAGAUACAUUGGAUCUCUCCAAAAAUCAUCUGACUGGAAAAAUCCUAGAAUCAUUGAAGGGCCUUAAUUUCUUGUCAUAUUUGAAUUUCUCAUACAAUGAUCUUGAAGGACCAAUACCAAGAAGCACUCAGCUUCGAAGCUUCCAAUCCUCUGCAUUUGAGGGGAGCCGCUACCAAACGAAUGCAGAACAACUAAUGUAG